AUGGCUCAAACGGCGGGCGUGAAGCCUAUGGCCAUUGCAGGGCGUGUGGCACUAGAACGUGAAAGAUGCCUUGGUAUGACCGAUGUUGAGAGAUCUUGGCGCAAGCAGUGGUUGAAAGAUCAAGUCUUGGCUCCUAAUGAACCUGUACAUGUCGAAGAAUAUUGGAGAGAACGCACCAAUAUAUUCCGCCGUAUCUACCGCAUGCCUUUAGACAAAUUGUACUCGGUGCUCACGCCAGUGUUGGGUGCAUCACGCGCUGCUGACUAUAGAUACAUAACUGGGAAAUUGGGAUUAAUCGGCUUCGGGAUUCUUUGUGGUCAUUAUUACUUCAAAUACAAUGGAAAUGACUGGACUAAGAAAGGAGGCUGGAGAGUGCAUAAGUCGAAGCCAAUUGUUUUGCCAGGGCAGCCAGGAUUCCCCUUCAAAUCUGGCUUCAAACCUGAUGAUUAUGCUGCCCAGGGAUUCAAGAGCUCCCCAAUAUAA